GUCAGUUGUCACAUGACCAUUGUUUUUUAAAUACGAUGGAAUUAUCUUUGUUUGAAACUACCGACGAAGGACUGAACUAACUUCGGCUGCUUCAUACGAAUGAACAACGAACAACAUGUUGAGAAGACGGCUUGCUUAAGCACAAGCGCCUGGCAACCGACAUAUAGGAUAGUGAAAAUUUAAAAACAGUGUUUCAUUGUAUUUUAUGCACAAGUGACAAUGUACUGAAGAGAGUAGUCUUGUGAACAUAGCAUUUGCAAUGAGUGACACGGAAAAUUCAAAAGCAGAAAAAUCCAUUGACAACAGCGAAACUCCGAAAAAACGUCGUUUUCGUGAGUCAGUAAGAAAUGUCUUUGGACGGAAUGGAAGAAGUAAAAAUACUGAAUCGACAACCAACGUUAAGCCUGUAAAAGAAAAAGAUGGCAAUCAUGGAUCAUCAUCUCAAACUGGAAAAAACAGUUCGGAAUCAGUGUAUGUUUGUCCUGUAUGUUAUGUAGUUAAACCUCAAUCAAUGUUUCCUGAAAUUUCAACAUGUGAACACAGAACUUGUGGUGAAUGUUUGAAACAGUACAUGACUAUUGAAAUCAAUGAAUCUCGAGUUAAUUUAACUUGUCCAGAAUGCUCCGAGAAAUUUCAUCCCAAUGAUAUCAUGCUUGUUCUAAAUGAUGCCACCUUAAUGAAUAAAUAUUACGACUUUACUCUACGUCGAGCACUCGUUUCGGACCCAGAUUGUCGAUGGUGUCCAGCACCUGACUGUGGUUAUGCAGUGAUUGCUACUGGUUGUGCUAGUUGCCCAAAGCUGACCUGUGAGCGUGAGAAAUGCAAGACAGAGUUUUGUUACCAUUGCAAACAAAUAUGGCAUCCCAAUUUGACAUGUGAUAUGGCCCGUCAGAGACGAGCUUCAAACAUUCGUAGUCUUCCCAUACAUGAUAGCAAAAGUCUGUCCGGUGAAGAAAUGAAGGCCUGUCCUCGCUGUGGUGCGUUUAUCAUAAAACUAGAUGAUGGUACAUGUAAUCACAUGACCUGCUCUGUCUGUGGUGCAGAAUUCUGUUGGUUGUGUAUGAAGGAAAUAACAGAUUUACAUUAUUUGAGUCCGUCUGGUUGCACGUUUUGGGGCAAGAAACCAUGGAGUCGAAAGAAAAAGAUCCUCUGGCAAAUGGGAACAUUGAUUGGCGCCCCUUUGGGUAUUGCCUUAGCGGCAGGUGUCGUUCUUCCCGCAAUGGUAAUUGGGAUACCAGUCUAUGUUGGUCGUCAGAUGCACGAGAAAUACAAUCGACCGUUACACACGAAAAGAAAGCGAAACAUUGCUAUCAUCGGCGGUGUUACCCUCUCCAUCCUUGUCUCCCCAAUGCUAGCUGCCCUCACAGUAGGUGUAGGGGUACCUAUUGCCCUCGGGUAUAUUUACGGAGUUGUACCCAUUUCCCUUUGCCGAAGUGGAGGAUGUGCAUCCGUGACUACGCUUAAGAAUGGUCGAGGUGUGAAUCUGGAGCUGGACUCUGAUGGUGACAUUGUUGCCAAUCAUACAGAUAGGUCUGUUGCAAUGGAAGCAAGCUCUGUUGUGGAGGAAAAUCAUGAUGGUGUUGUAACUGUAGUCGCUACAGUUAACACAAGAACACCAGACGCAGAUAGUGGGAAGCAGCCAAGCGUUAGCCUAAGUCAAGAAUGUUCUAGUCUCUCUAGUAGCAAUAUAGAACAUGGAGGUCGUGACGAUACUGGAUCUAUGAUUCCAGGACCACGCAGCUGUGCAGUAAGUAUAGCUAGCAGUAUUGAAAACUUGAACUUGACGGAGAACCCAAGUCCGUCACUCGCUGAAAAUGAUCACGUGAGCACGAGCAGUAAGGCGUCUAGCCAAUCAUCGCUUAAAAAAGUUGUCCAACUGAAGGUGGCUAGUGAAAAUGUUGAUGGCGACCAGUUGUCCACUAUUGUGGCUCAAUCGUGAAAGAAUUCUUGAAAUAAAAGAAAAUUUAAAAGAUUUAAACUUUGACAUUGAGUAUUUCAUAAUGAAACGUGCCUUCAUUAUGUUAGUUGUGUUAAGAAUACGAUAUACGUGUAUUAUACAGAAAUUAACUAUCUUAAUGUGUAGGACUUUACAAAACCUAAUGAUUUUGUACAAAUAACUCUUGUGUAGAUAAUAUAAACUGUUUUCAUUUGUGUUUA